UGCUCAUCCCAUCCUCGACGCUAGUCGCCAUGCAGGUCCACAUCCACCCCAGUAGCUUCGUCGUCGGACAGCCCAUCACGCCUGUCUCAUGGCCCCGCAAGCUGCCCAGGCCCUCCCACAUCAGUGUUAACACUUCUCGCCGGCCUGCUUCUGCAGACUCGACAUGCACCGUAUCCUCUACCUCCUCAUUACCCCCCUCACCAUCUCCCAUCUCGCCAUCCUCAUCCACAAGCUCCCUCCCAUCCCCGCAUUCCUCGCGCUCCGAGUCUGAAGUACACCGCGCUGUGUCGCGGUUACUCAGUCUCACGAAGCAGCUCCAGGAGGUGAUCACGCUAUGGGCAAACGGGUCGGCGGAUGAGGCGAAAGUGAGCGACGCCUUCGUCCUCGUCGGGAGCCAGUUCGACUCCACGGUACAUGCAUUCUGGCAUGUAGGCAUUGACAUGAGCGACCUCUACGACGUGCCUACAUCUCUUCGGACGGUCCUCGAGGGACUGCUCGCAGAAGACCCCUCUCCCGCGGUCCUUGCGCGGUAUUCGCCGAGGAUACGCAAAAUCAUCGUGGAGCUCCUCCAGGGUCUCCAGCGGAAGCAGACGCCCUACUGGUCUGCUAUCGGCCGGAACAAGGACAACGGCUACCUGUCUCCCGUACCUGCGACGAGUAUGCGCGACAGGUGAACUCGCCAAGUCACCUCUCCAUCUCUUGCAACCCGAGGCUUUCCUCGCUGCAGUACAUAUUCAACGGCCCUCGCGCCCUAGCCGCGCCGGCCUCCCACCGCUCUACGGGCGAUUGCGUCCCGCUGUAUCAUCCGAACGACCCGCCUCCGCCGCCGCGGGCACACCCAAUGUAUCCAUAGAUCCAUCGCAAUUCUCUGCCAUCUGGGACCACGGGUUCCGGACGUGGACGCGCUCUCCCGAGCUCCCCCUUGGUUCUUCCGGGAGUCUCUUCGGUCUCGCCUGCCCCGCGUGGCGACGCUUCCGCAUUCCACAGUCCGCCAACCCCGCCUCUGCAACGUGCGCCAUUACCCUACCGUUCCUCGCAGUAAUCCGGUUUCCACGUCGAUCCCCGCUUCUUUUUUUCGCAUCACGCGCGCCGCCCGCUCGCGCCCGCCCUUCGCAUCCUCGUACGUACGACUUAGCAACCGCUGACAUUACACGUCGCGCCCAUGUUUCCCUUCACGCACAUCCCGCUUCCCCCAAUUGUUUCGUGCACAAUUAGUCCACUCCCCCGGCUCUCGGUCCCGGCUUACUUCACCCAUUCCACAUGUGUAUCCGUACGUUACGCACUCGAUCGCCUCUGCCUGCCCGCCUGCCCUUGCUCUCGCCCGCAUCGUGUCGACUCGAUUCUAAUCCGCUUACAAAUACGCACCCUCCUUGCUGUCCAGCUUAUUACAUCGCAACUUGAACGUGUACUCCACAGUCGUCUUACGCUCUUCCCCAUCUGCUUCGUGUCUCAAUUGCAGACGUUCCCGGUAUCUGGUUUUUAAGGGCGUGCAUAUUUAGUGUACCUCAUGGACUUGCCUGGGACGCGCUUAGUGUGGUCGUGC